AUGCCUCCUCGUCGACUCUUCAACAGUACGCCAUCGCCCAAGGCUGACAGAAGCCUCUCAAAUAUUGCCGAUGAAGGCUUCUAUCCAGCUCCCGUACAAAGGAUCCGGGAGACUGAAUAUCCACAUAUGAAGAAAGGCGUCUAUCUCGAUCAUAGUGGCACCACCAUCUACGCUAGAACACUCAUAGAAUCCUUCGCCAACCAUAUGAUCUCCAACCUAUAUGGCAACCCUCACAGCGCCAAUGCUCCAGCCGAGCUCUCCGGGCACGUGGUAGACAGUGUGAGACAAAAGGUGUUGAAGUUCUUCGGAGCCGACCCGAGACACUUCGACCUGGUGUUCACAGCCAACGCCACAGCAGGCAUCAAGCUGGUCGCGGACUGCUUCAGGGACCUCGCGGAGCAGACGCGCAACGGGAGCUUCUGGUACGGCUACCACAAGGACUCGCACACUAGCCUCGUCGGCAUGCGCGAGCUGGCCUAUGGGCACUUCCACUGCUUCGGGAGCGACGGCGAGGUCGAGGACUGGCUACACCGGCCCGACUCAGUACUUUCAGGCAAGAACACCCGGCUCCGCCACCUGUCUCGGCGUGGCGGCUUGGGCCUUCUGGCUUACCCCGGCCAGUCCAACAUGACCGGACGGAGGCUGCCCCUUUCCUGGCCUGGGAGGGUCAGGUCCUCCCCAGAUCUGACAAACACAUACAGCCUCCUAGACUGCGCCGCACUGGCCAUGACCAGCCCCUUGAACGCUGUCUUCAAAAAUGUGGAGACUGCGCCCGACUUUACCUGCGUCUCCUUGUACAAAAUCUUUGGCUUUCCUGACCUCGGUGCUCUUAUAGUCAGGAAGGACUCAGGCCACAUAUUGACGCUUCGGAAGUACUUCGGCGGCGGCACAGUCACCAUGGUCUCUGUGCUUGGGGGCUCGUGGCACAAGACAAAGGGCCUCGACUCGACGGCGGCCGAGUCCCAAGAGAGCACCACCGCCAACAAGGGCCCUUCCUACGAGAUACACGACAGCCUUGAGGACGGGACACUCCCCUUCCACAGCAUCCUCGCCCUGGGCCAGGCCAUCGACGUCCACUCCCGGAUAUAUGGCUCGAUGGAGAACAUAUCGCGUUAUACGACGUAUCUUUCCAAAAUAUUAUACAACGAGCUGAGAUGCCUGCGCCACGCGAAUGGCCGUCCGGCCUGUCACAUCUACACAGACGACGACGGUCAGGGCUAUGGUGACCCCAAUAGGCAGGGCGCCACGAUAGCCUUUAACAUGAUGGACGCAGACGGCGUGUAUAUCCCAUAUUCUGACGUGGAGAAGAUUGCGAACGACAACGGUGUGUACGUGAGAUCAGGAGGUAUCUGCUGCCCGGGAGGACUCUACACCGCGCUUGACUACGAACCAUGGGAGCUCCAGAGGGCGUUCUCGGCCCACCACGUGUGCGGCCCGGACGGGAUAAGCCUGAUCCACCAACUCCCCACGGGGGUGGUACGGGCUAGUCUCGGUGCGAUGAGCACACGCGAUGAUAUCAGCAAGUUUGUGUCCUUCCUGCAGAAGACUUUUGUUAGCCAAGGGUCCACUAGGGCCUUGCUGUCUGAACAUGAUAGGAGGCUGGAAAGUGCCCCGGAGUACGUGGAGGAUAUGGACUACGACAUAGGCAGCCCUGCUUUAGCAACGGCCGGGACGGGGGCUUAG